GCCAUAUUGUGUAGUGUGGAGAAAUGUUCUAAGAAUCAAGCAGAACUAAAUUGUUUAUAUUCACGUAAAUAUUGGGCUAUCUGUCUCGUACAGUGUUUCUGAAUGGCUGAUGACGACGCCACUUUAAACCACCAUUCCACAUUCAACGGUGAGUGACACAAGGGCCGACCAUGUCACAUGACCCGGAGUACUACUUUAAGCAGUAUGGCCUUCCCGGCAUCGAGGAUGUGUCAAUCAACAUGCUGCAACUUGACCCUGCGGAUCGCGCUGUGCACAGGAUUGCAGAUCAGAGAGAUGCUGUGCAGAAGAAGACAUUCACAAAGUGGGUCAACAAACAUCUGCUGAAGGCUGGUCGGCGUAUUGUGGACCUAUUUGAGGGUUUUAAAGAUGGCCACAACCUGCUGUCACUGCUGGAGGUCCUCUCUGGAGAAACGCUGCCGCGUGAGCGAGGCCGGAUGAAGUUUCACCAGAUACAAAAUGUUCAGAUAGCCCUCGAGUUUCUCCGCAAGAAAGGGAUCCGACUUGUCAACAUCCGAUCAGACGAGAUCGUAGACGGGAAUCCCAAACUGACCCUUGGCCUCGUGUGGACCAUUAUUCUGCAUUUUCAGAUUUCGGAUGUGGUUGUGCCAGGCCAGCCAGAGGACAUCACAGCAAAGGAGGCUCUGUUGCUAUGGUCGCGCCGUACAACUGACGGGUACCCAGGUGUCCAUGUGCGAGACUUUCACCAGAGCUGGCAGGAUGGACGCGCGUUCCUCUCCAUCAUACACAGAAAUAGACCAGCCCUUAUUGAUUUUCGACGUGUUCCGUCGCAGACAAACAGACAGAACCUAGAGCUUGCCUUCUCGAUUGCCGAGAGGGAGUUUGGGGUCACAAGAUUGCUCGACCCUGAAGAUGUGGAUGUGCCAAAGCCGGAUGAGAAGUCCAUCAUCACUUAUGUUUCCUCCUUGUAUGACGUGUUCCCGGACGUCCCCUCCGUGGAACAGUCUCUCAAGGACAAUGAACGUCAGUUGAAGUCUGAUGAGUACAAGGAAUUGGCUGUCCCCCUGGUUUCUUGGCUACAGGAGAUGAUAAUGCUCAUGGCACAGAGAAAUUUCCCCACCACACUCAUUGAAAUGAAGUCAUUACUUUCCGACAUGAAUAGGUUCAAAAUUGAGGAUGUCCCCCCUCGAUUGGAAAUGCGCAAAAGGGCACUCCGACUUUUCGAUGAUAUCCAGGCUUCAGGGGCGUCCCACCUUGGAGCUGAAGAUGAACUUUACCCAGACAACAUCAACAGGCUGUGGCAUCGUUUUGAGAACUCCCUUCAAGAACGAGAGAGGGCAGUUCAACAGGAACUUGUCAGAUUAGAGAGACUACAGCGUCUAGCUGAGAAGAUACACAGAGAGUCGAAACACAGCGAGGACAGCCUGACAGACAUAGAACGUCGUAUCAAGGAGGAGGAGCGACGCGUUGAAUCCCUCCACCCAUUCGAGGCAAAGCGAAACUGUGAUGCCUUGGACCGCGCUUUGGGAAAUAUCGAGGAUAAUGUGCGGACAUUACUGAGGGACGCACAGGCCCUCCAGGAUGGCAGAUAUGCUAAUUCUGACAAUAUUUAUAGACGGGUAUCAGCGCUACAAACACGCACUUCCCAGCUGAGAACGGAACUAUACAAUAGUGUUAUACAAAAAGUGAUUUCAAAAUCUUAUGUGGAAGAAGGAAUAACCACGACACGUAAACGUGAGGUUGUGACCGAAGUAAGACUAGUGGAAAGUAACCCUGCGUUCAGGCAUGUGCAACAUUGUUUGAACUGGAUAGAGGCUAAGCAAAAGGCACUUGAAGCGCCAGAUUUCGGGUCAGAUAUGGCGGGCGCUCAGGCGUGUCAUGAAAUGUGUCACCAGGAGCAUUCAGAGAUAACGGGAUUUAAGAAAGAGAUUGAUAAGUGUAUACAUGAUAGGCAAAACUUAGGUAGAGAUGAACAAGGCCUGUACACAGAAUGGCUUUCCAAGGUGGAAGUGGCUUACUCGCUGUUACAUAACAACUCCAGUCGACGUGUGAAGUCAAGUGAAUCCCUUAUAGACUUCCUCCAAGCUGCCACACAGGAAUUGAUGUGGUUGAACGAGCGAGAGGAGGCGGAGGUUACGCGGGAUUGGAGCUCCAGUCGACUUAACGUCCCCGCAGUCGAGGAGUUCUACAAGAACCUUCUACAUGAGAUGAAGGCCCGGGAGAGUCAGUUUAACUCUGUCCAAGAUCGGGGUAACUCCAUGGUGCUGGACAGACAUCCCGCUGCCAGGACUGUCGAGGCGUACAUGGGAGAGAUGCAGUCCCAGUGGUCGUGGCUUCUCCAGCUGUCCGUCUGUCUGGAGGCUCAUGUGAAACAUACCUCCUCUUUCUAUCAGUACUUUGCCGAGUGUCAGGAGUGUGAACAGUGGAUGUCACGUCAGUCCGACUCCAUCAACAUUCGCUACAGUGACGAGAACCAGUCUGUCGAGACGCUACAGAAUCUGCUCCGAGAACUUCAGGAGCUUGCAGAUCAAGUGUCUGAAUAUGACCGACGUGUAUCGUCUCUCGCUACGCGCAGUCGUGAUAUCAUCCCCCUGAAACAACGAGGACAGCCUGUGUUCUCUGAACUUAGAUGUAGAUGCUUGUGUAUAUAUAAACAACCUCCGAUGAAGCUGACUAAAGGCGAAGAAGUCACCUUGUUAGAUAAUAGUCAGAAAAUACGAUGGAGGGUUCGCACCUCCAGUGGACAAGAGGACCUGGUUCCCUCUGUAUGUAUUGUCAUUCCCCCACCCAACUACGAGGCUAUAGAAUAUGCCGAUAGACUAAAAAUUCAGCUAGACCAUCUACAAAGCUUGCUUCGACUCCGCAAGCGAAAACUUCGCCAGAACAUGGUUCUUGGCACAGUACAGCUCAUCAGAGGCUGGGAUCUGGCCCAGUUUCAAACCCUUGACCCCCUCAGACGUGAGGCCCUGCUGCGGGCCCUUAAUGAGGAUGCAACCAAGUUGAUUGCCGAGGUGGGGGAGGGGGAUCGAGAAAUGAGACUAUUGAGAGACCGUCUCGCAGACUGUAACCAGCAUUUCCAGAACCUCACAGACACAGCAAAUGAAGAUGAGAUGCGUAAAACUCGUGGGCCAGACAAGGAGUUCCUACAGAAGCUUGACUCAGUGAGCUACCAGUUGUCAUCACUGGACCAGGACAUUCAGACCAGAGUGCAGCAGCCGGUUCCCCACACCCGCCCUGCCCUGGAUAAGUCAAACAAGCAACAAGAGGACUGGGAGCGCGCCCUACAAAACCAAGAGUCUGCGGUGGAACAACUUCAGGCCAGGUACCAGAACCUGGGAAGCAGUUCCCCACAGGCUGAUGCCAAGAUGAGCUUCAUCAGUGAUAAAUGGCAGGCUAUGAUCACACUUGGAAGUACAUAUGCUGAAAGGUUGAAGCUGCUGGACGGAUGUAUCAGCAAGCAGGAUGGCUUGGCUAGUUUCCUCUCUGACCAGGAAGUGGCCCUGGCAUCACAGAAGGGCAUGAACUCUGACCCCACAGCCCUUCGGGGCCAGCUGAGUGACCUACAGUCCAUGAAGUCAGCCCUGGAGCAAAGGCAGUCGACCAUGGACAGUCUGAGAUCAGAUGUCAACAAUCUCCGGGUGGCGGUGGAACAAAGCCGUCCAGAAUCAACACGGCAACAUGACGUUGACGACAUGGAGAAACGCAUUUCAGAACUGGCUGCUAGGUGGAAUACUGUGAAAGACCAGCUUGAGGAGAGGAUUGCAAGCCUGGAAGAAGGAGGUGACACGCUCGUCAGCUACAGUAACGGUGUUCGUGAUGAGGAACAGUUUGUAGCCGAGACUCAGUCCAAGAUCAAUGCCCAGCCGCAGGUGAACGGCGAUGUUGAUCAGGCAAAGAAACUACUCAACCCAACUAUGGCAAUAUACAACUCCCUGGGUGAACACCAGCACCAGGUUGAGGCUGUAAACCGACAUGGCGGCCAGUAUAUCCGAGAGGCAAAGAUCUACGAGAAAAAGCUGCAGCAGUACCAGGAGCUGGUUCAGGGCCCAACAAGCACCACCGGACCCGAAGGAGUGAGAAAAAGGGCUCGUCGGGCCACAGGAGCUGAAACAGUCAGGAACGAUCUAGACAAUCUGAACAGACAGUAUGUAGAUCAAGUCCUGUGGGCGAACAGACGCCUCCAGGAGAUCAAAGAUGUCUUCACCGAACAUGGCAUUGAUGUGCAGUUACCAGUGCUGGUGACAGACAGGGUCCCUUUGUUGAGGACAUUUCGUGCAGAGCUCACCAAGCGCUCUUCAAUGCUGGUCGAUGAAGACAUGCAGGAAUAUUUCGAACAACUUGCUGACUAUGAGGGCUACGGAGGCCUACAGGCAAUGGGCAAAACUGGGCAGACGUUUGGUAGUCAGACUGCUGUGAAUAUCAACAGAGUUCCGGAAACUACUACACGAGUAUCAGUCUCCGCAACCAUGACACCCCCAGUCCAGUCUCCAGUGAAAUGGAGACUUAAACCAACCCCAGAAUCGUCAGAGAGAUUGUCUAGCAAGGUUGCUAGUAUCUCAAGUUUGACCAGUGCAGAGGAUAGUCAGCAGUCUGCACAGACCUUAGUUACUGUUCGACAGGGCUGUCUUGCUCCCAAAGGAACAGCACUGAAUGUUGUGUCCAUCUUGAACCCUCUUACGGGAAGGAAAGUUACCUUUGCAGAUGCCAUUAAGCUUGGUGUCUUUGAUCCUAAGACAGGCACGGUGUAUGAUGCAAGAAUUAAUAAGAGGAUGAAUGUGACGCAAGCUGUGUCCAGCAAAUACAUGACGAGUGAUCUAAUGAUGCAGCUGACUGCUACGUGUGGAAUUAAUGAUCCCUACUCCGGAAAUGAAUGCACUCUCUUGGAGGCAAUUCAGAGUGGACUUUUUAACCCAAGCAAUAACACUAUGCGUGAUCCAAAAUCUGGAACAUUCAUUCCACUUCAAGAGGCAGUAGCUAGAGGUCUGAUAUCUCAUGUAGACAUGUUGAACAUUGUAGGUGAAGGUGAAACAGUGACAUUUAUAACACAGGCUCAACCUGUACAUUCCAGUUCCGAUCUUGGGGCAGCCACAAAUAGACUUGGCCUCGGUGAUCUUAUUGAGAAAGGACUGUAUGUAAGUCAAACCGGCAGAGUAGUCAACCCUCUAACUGGUGCUGAAGUUUCACUGAUUGAAGCUGUUGAAUUGGGGUUGGUCAAUCCUAUGAGAAAAGAAAUUAAAGAUACAGCCAGUGGCAAAAUGCUGACUCUUUCUGAGGCUGUGAAUUCGGGUAUCAUUGAUCCAGAAAGUGGAAUGUAUCUGAACAAAUCUAACGGACAAAAGAUUUCACUUGAUGAUGCGUAUCAGAGAAAACUGAUCCACAAGCCGUCACUUCUGCCAUCUGCCUUGCAGGAGGGAGCAGUUUCAGAAAAUGGGAAAAUCAUUGAUACGCAGACCGGACGCACCAUAAAUUUAAAGAAUGCCAUUGAAGCUGGGGUAAUUGACGUUGACGCAAAAUGUAUUGUGGACUCAAGAUCUGGUGAUGUGCUUUCUAUAACUGAGGCUCUAGAAAAUGGACUGUUGGAUUUACAAAUGAAUGUCCAGGCGGAUCAGACAAUGACAUUAGCUCAAGCAGUGGACAAAGGUGCUAUAAAACUAGUUAAAGAAGAACUGACAUUUAGCAAACCAUGCAUUCAGGACACAAGGAGUGGUAAACUCCUUACUGUACCUCAAGCCAUAAAUCAGGGGAUCAUCACAAGCAGUGGUGACUUUGUUGAUACCUCAUCUGGUAGACGGAGUCUCCUCAAAGCAGCUGCAAGCCAAGGCUUUGUAGCCAAGGAUGUUGCUGAUGUACUGCUUAGAGAUACCUCGAUGAAAGACUCGAGUGGAAGAAAUGUGUCCAUCCUGAAAGCUAUACAGAUCGGCCUGUUAUCGCCUGAUAAAGCUGAAAUCAGAGACCCAAGAUCAAGAAAAUCUAUGUCUCUACAACAAGCAGCAAAGGAAGGGCUUAUCUCAACAGAUGAUGCACUUACAGUUUUGGAAGUUCUAAGUCCAGCUCUUGCCCAGACAACUGUCAUAACCAGACUGCAACCAGGACAGAAAGAGGCGGGCAUAAGGUCCAUUUCUGUCUCCGAUGCAAUUGCAAGAGGUCUUCUGAAUGAGAAAACAGGAACAUUCAGGGACCCAAACACCGGAGCGUCAAUGUCAGUACAGAAUGCUAUAGAACAGGGACUGCUAAGACUUUCAUCUGAAUGGCCAGGGGAGUCUCCAAGAAAAAGCACUGAUUCUACAGAUGGGGGAACACAGUCUCCAAAAUCCCCUUUGGCUGAUGUAGAUAGGUGGAUGAAAGAGAUCAAAUCAAACCCUGAGAUGAGCCAUGAGCUGAAAACAACUGGAAAGGCUACGGUUGAAUCAAAACUUGCUAGAAAAGGUGGUGAUGAUAACUACUCAUUCACUCAGACUGUAGUUCUUAAGCCAAAGAUUACUGAACAUGUUGUGUCUGAGACCAAGCAUUUCAAGGUGAAGUCUGUAGUCGAUCCAAGAACUAAAACUGAGAUCAGUGUACAUGAAGCUAUUCAUAGAGGACUAUUAGACAUGUCAAAAGGACUGUUCAUUCAUCCAGUUACUGAAGAGAAAAUGACCAUUGAAGCUGCUUUGUCAAGAGGAUUUGUAAGGGGAAUUGAAACAUCGGAACCAUCACAAGGAUCAGUUAAAGAAACAAAAUCAUUCUCUAUUGUAGGAGUAAUUCACCCUAGAACAGGGGAAAGAAUUCCUGUCAGCCAAGCUGUUAAAGAUGGAAUACUAGAUCUUGAAAAGGGAAUCUUUAAUGGCUUGGACAAUAAGGGCAAACCCAUGAAACUUAAAAUAAGCGAGGCAGUGGAAAGGGGGUUAGUUAUUGCUGAUGAUGACUCAAUUAAACAAGGGUCAGGAGGGUUAACUCAAGAAACAAAAACAUAUCAACUGAAAAGUGUGGUCAACCCACAAACAAGACAAAGGAUGGAUGUUGCUAGUGCAAUCAAACAUGGCUUGCUUGAUGAACACAAGGGACUUUACAUUCAUCCUGGUACUGGCAAAAAGCUGACCAUUCCUGAAGCUAUUGAAAAGAAACUCAUUGACGCUGAACUGAUGUCGGUGAUUUCAAAUGCAGAAAGCGAGGGCAGUAAAAUAAUCACAACAAAAAUGACAACCCUGAUGGUGAAAUUUGUUAUUGAUCCACGGACUGGUGAACAUAUCACAGUGACUAAGGCAGUAGAAGAAGGUAUACUAGAUAGCAGUCUGGAGAAAUAUAUCAACCCUGUGACUGGAGAAGUGAUCAGCCUCAAUGCUGCUAUUGACAGAAAACUGGUGAUUGUUCAGCAAGCUGCAAUGAAUGGUUCCCAGUCCAGCUCCACAGAGAGCAUUCACAUAGAUGCUGAAGAAGAAGUGACUGAGUCAAAUCUGACUGAAGAGAUAUCAUCUGAAACUGUGACUUUUAGCAUCAACAGUGUGAUUGACCCUAGAACUAUGGAAAUGAUGUCCUACGAUGAGGCAGUGAAGUAUGGUAUCUUGGACCUUGGUAACGGUUUGUACAAGAAUCCAAUGACAGGUGAAAAUACACCAAUAAAUAUUGCCCUUGAAAAAGGUCUUAUUCAUGGUGAAGUGACAUCAAAAGUGAAAGAAGAAGAUAAGCUCAUGAGUUCUGUCGAUGCUAGCCAUUUGUCUUUCCCAUUGAAAAAAAUAACAUCAGUUGUAGACCAGAGAGAUGGUGGAGACAUAUCACUAGUAAAGGCUAUUAAAGAUGGAAUAAUAGACAUAGAGAAAGGAACAUACUUUGAUGUGAAUACCAUUCAAAACAUUCCAUUGGAAGAAGCUCUUAAAAGAGGAUACAUAAAACUAUCUAAGACCACAGAUGAAGAUGAGAUUGAACGAAUGAGACUCAGAUCAGAGCGCAAGGAGUCGGAAAGAGAACGCAGACACAUGUCAACUGAUAAUGAUCUGGAACCUGAUGUGGACAUGAAGAUGGAGAAGUUCAAUGUGUCAGGUGAUCCAGAAAGAAGUAUGUUUGCAAAUGAGAUCCUUAAUUACACAACUGCUGUUGAAAAGGACUCAGCCGAUAGCGGACCACUUGAUAUUCACCAGCAAGAGGGUGUGAGGACUUGGAGACAGCAAGAAAUGGCGGUGGUAGACACACAGUCUCCCUCUAUCAGCUCACGAUCAGAUUCGCCAGAAGCAAUAGAGGACGUUGAGUUAACUGAUGGUAUGUCAUUCCAAUCGGCAUUAAAGCUUGGUCUCAUAGAUGCUAGAUCGGGUAGAAUUAGGGACCCAGAAACAGGGAAAUACAUAAUGAUAAGUGAGGCAAUAGACAGAGACAUUCUUGACAAGAAUAAGACGGCUAUGAAAGAUGUAUUGACUGGAAGAGAUUUGACUUUACAACAAUGCAUUGACAAAGGUAUUAUUGAUCCAAAAACUGGAAAAAUAAAUGACAGAAAAGCAAAAUCAGAAAAAGUUGCUCUGAGGCCAGAUAUUGAUGUGAAACAAACUAAGCCAAAGCCACAGAACUUACUUGAUUGUGUGGCCUCGGGACUUUAUGAUUCAGACACUGGUAUGAUCACUGACCCACGGACACAAAAGAGCUUUACACUGAAAGAAGCAAUUGCCCAGAAUGUUGUUGAUGGUAAUCUGGUAUCUGUUCUUGAUCAACAGUCCGGUGAGAGGCUACCUCUUGUGGCAGCACUGAGGCAAGGACUGAUAGAUGGAGUAACAGCUGAAGUUGUGACCCAGAGUGGUACAAGCAUUCCUCUGAUGCAGGCAAUUCAAGAAGGCCUCAUUGAAAAUGUAUUUGACAAAGACACAUGCACAUUCCAUGACACUCUGACAGGCAAUGAUGUUCCAUUGGACAAGGCGCUUACUGAUGGUCAUUUCAGAUCUGAUGAAGCGAAGGUUGUGGACACGAGUACCGGAGAAACGGUUCCUUUAGAUGUUGCAAUGAGGAAGGGUUUAGUUGAUGUAAGAACUGGUGCAGUCACUGAUAAAGUGACAGGUCAGAAGAUGUCACCCCAAGAAGCUCUAAAACUUGGCUUGCUUGCUGUUGUUGGUGCUCCUGUCUUGGCUGGAAAAGCUGUGUUUGAUGCAAUCAAGGACAAGAAUGAAAAGAGAGAACGAGAAGAAAAAGAGCAGCUACAGGCAAGGUCUAGGUCUCCAGAAGCUAGAAUGAAUGGAAGCAGACUUGCAUCCAUGAAUGGCGACAGCCUAUCACCACCACACCACCAGAGACAGAAGGUUAACGGGAUGUCCCCACUAACAAAUGGCGAGUUCAAACUUCCCCAUACAGAGAACUACAAGGAGGUUCUACAGCAGCCCAAAACAACUAUUGUGUAUGCGAAACCUGGGGACCAGAUUAAACCAUCACCACCACAAACGCUAUUUUCAGAGACCUCACCUGUGACUGAGGAGUAUCCACCAGAGCACAGAUACUCAGGGCCCACUUCUGGCCUCGGUGAUCUGUCUUCGUCCACCGUUACGAAGGAGACUUCAGAACAAGUCUUCACAGUGCCCUCUGUCUCUAAACCUAAGGAUCUUAUAAUUGAUUGGCUGGCUGGCAAAGUCAUGAGGUCAACCACAGGAGAGGUCAUGAGUGUUGCAGAAGCUGUUCAGAAAGGAUAUCUUGACUCUGAAACUGUUGAAAAGCUAGCAGAGACAAGUGUUCCAGAAAGACCUGAAAUGGAAAUUAACUUCGACAAAGGAACCAUCCAUGACAAAGUCAGCAUGAAGACUAUGACGAUAGAUGAAGCUGAAGAGACUAGAUACAUUGACAGCCCAACUGCAGAGGCCCUGAGAAUGAUGUGUGGGGAAUGGAAAGAAGGAGAGACGAGAGUGUCAAAGCAUGAUCAAAUGUUGGUAAGAAAGUUGACAACUGAUAUUCGAAGAGAAGACGAUGAAACCAAGACUUCAAUGACGUCAAAGACUGUAGCUGGUCAACCGAUUAAAGCAAGCACCCCUGUUAAGAGCAAGAAAGUUAAAAAGGUUACAUUUAGCUCAUUGAAUGAGUAUAUUAGGUCUGAAUCAUUUGAUGAUGCCACAUUUGUUGAAGCAAUCAGAACUGGUGCCUGUCACACUGAUGACUCGUAUGUAGUAAACCCUCGAAAUGCUGAUGUCAUAACACUAACAAACGCUAUUGAGCAAAGUGUUUUUGAUAUGAACACCGCAAAUAUUGUUCACACAGAAUCUGGUUAUAGAUGGACAUUGUGUGAGGCUUAUAAUGCAGGUCUUAUACCACCUCCAGGUCAAAAUAUUACAAGAACAAUGCAGUCAGGCUUUGUUACAAACAAUUUUCAAUAUCUAGAUAAUGAAUCUGAUAAACACAUUCAUACAGCAAUUCAGACAAACCUAAAGACCUCUCUGACUGAACCAAUGGUGAAGCCAAAAGGUAUGACCUUUAGGGAAGCAGUAGAAAGGGGAUUGAUCCAUGAAGAAGCAGGAACCUUCCAAAACCCACUUAGUGGAGACAUUAUGUCCAUUGCUUCUGCAAUUGAAUAUGGAUGGAUAUCAGAAUCUGGCGAAACUGUGAAAGUUGAACCGGAACGGAAAUAUGAGAAAACUGUAAUUGUAAAUCAGGUUGCACCAACUGAUGAGCUGAAGAGAAUUUCAUUUACACAAGCACUGGAUCAGGGCUUUAUUGACCUGGCCAAAGGUCAGUAUACAGUGCCAUCUACCGGUGACAGAAUGACAAUUCUUGAUGCUAUAAGGGGUCAACUGAUUGAUACAUCAGCUACGGAAGAAGAAAAGUCUGUCGGAGAAAACAUGACACUGAAUGCAGUUCUCGAGUCUGGCCAAUUUGAUGAAGAAACUGGAAUGUUUGUGAAUAAGGCAAAUGGGGAAAAGAUGACACUCUCUGAUGCAAUACGUAGAGGUUUUAUUGAUGGACAGUCAACUUUGUAUGAUGUGAAAUCAGGCAAAAUGUAUACACUAAAUGAAGCAAUUUCAAAAGGAAAGAUUGAUGCUGUUACUGGUCAGUAUGUUGACAAUUCAUCUUCAAGAAUGACAUUUAAAAGUGCCGCUAAAGCUGGUGUCAUUGCACUGGUAGGGGCACCCUAUCUUGCUAUCAAAGCAGCUACUUCAGGAAAGAAAAAACAUGGUGAUGCUGUUGACAUGAGCAGCUUGACCAGAAAGUCCACAAAACACGUACAAAGCCAGGAAGUUGGAAAACUUCAAGAUACUUCGGAGCCAAUCACAAUUGAAGCAACAAAGUUUAGUGUUCUUGGGACAAAUACUUUAGAAGUUACCCAAGUAAGAGAACUGACAUCGGUCACUGCUAAAGAUUCAGAGCAGAUGAACUUCAUGGAGGCUGUAUCUAGUGGCUACUUGAACACUGAAACAGGCAUGUUUCAGAGCCCAGAUUCUGGUCUGUAUAUGAAUAUCAAAAAAGCAAUUGAUGAGGGUCAUAUCCAUCCUGACUCAGUAAAGAUUCAGCUAGCUAGUGGGCAAUGCAUUAACCUAACUGAUGCACUAAGCAAAGGUGUUAUUGACAGUACAGGUCAUCUGGUUGAAGAUGGUGGUAGAACAAGUCUAGAAGAUAUGCUGAAAGAUGGGAAAAUACAAGAAACCAUCCCAGAUGUCCAUGCGGCUGCCAGCCUUGUGAUGAAAACCACUGACAAAAUCCAGGUAGAUUCUGUUGUUGACCCGAGAGGCAAUACAUUGUGUAGCCUAAGCACAGCUUUAGACACAGGUCUUAUCAAUCCUCAUGACGGAACGUACACAAAUCCAAAAUCUGGUGAAGUAAUGGGUAUAAUGGAAGCAGUUAAUUUUGGGUUUAUUCAAGGUCAGGUGAUGGAUAGUAUAACAAUGAAAGAGGGGCUGUCAAAAGAAGGUUUCAGAGCUGAAGUAACAUUCUCAGAAAAGAAAAAUGUCAAGGUAGCUGCUGUACUAGAUACAGAAACUGGAGACAAGUUAUCUCUUCAUGAAGCAAUACGGAAAGGUAUAAUUGAUGAAACACAAGGACAAUACAGAGAUUCCCGCACAGGUCAAAAAAUGGGACUUUUGGAGGCGGUUGACCAUAACUAUGUGACUGCUAGUGAAGUUGAAGCUAAUAUGUCGACUCAAGAAUCUUACAAUAAAUCCACUGAAAAUGCAUUCUCUCAAACAAAGUCACUUGAUAUUGAUACCAUAAUUGAUCCAUACACAAAUGAGUCAUUGACAAUACCUGAAGCAGUCAACAGGGGUGUAUUGAACGUUGAAGCAGGCUUGGUAAGAAACACCAACACUGGGACAGAAAUGACUAUAUCAGAAGGAAUCAAAUAUGGCUAUGUACAAGGUAAACAGACUUCUAGAAAAAGUGGAAUAUUCUCAGAGACUAUGCCAAAAACAUACAUUCAUCAGAAAGAACCUGGUCACAUGAAAUCAGUUUAUGAUGGGGAUCAAGGCAGGUUUAUACCGGUCAAACAGGCAAUUCAGAAAGGUAUCAUUGAUGAGAAGUUAGGCUUAUAUGUCAUGGAUGAUGGAUCUACAAUGACAAUAAGCAAAGCUAUUAAGGAGAGGUUGAUUGAAGCUGAAGAAACUGACAAGGAAGCUUCGAUGGGAAGUUCCAAGAUUCAAGAGCAGGUUUCAUUCACCAUUCGUUCUGUGUUGGAUCCCAUAAGUGGCAGACGAGUGAAUGCUUCAGGAGCUAUCAGCAUGGGAAUACUUGACCUGACAAGUGGUAUCUAUUAUAACCCAAGCACAAAUGAAAGUAUGUCCAUUCCAGAAGCUGUGAAUAGGGGAUUUGUAGAGGCAGAUACAAAUAUUCCAGCAUCUCCAACAAGGGCUUUGUUAAAACCUACAAGCAUACAGAUGGAAAUGGGAAAGAAGGUUUUCACAGUGAAGUCGGUACUUGACUCAAGAACGAAUGAAGAAAUGUCGGUGACUGAAGCUGUUUCAAGGGGAAUUCUUGACAAGUCUAUGUGUAAAUAUCUCGAUCAAAGAACAGGUCAGAUGCUUCCAUUGCGUGAGGCUGCACAGAAAGGCUUAGUAGUAAUUGAUGAAGUAAGGAGUGUACCAGUUACAACUGAAGUCCGAAGAGAAUCUGUCACUGUUAAGUCUAUCAUUGAUCCUUUGACAGGAAAAGAAUAUGGUUUGAAGAAAGCAAUUGAGAAAGGGUUGUUUGAUCCAGAAAGGGGAAUGGUUCAUAAUAAGCUAAGUGACAAAAUGAUAACACUUGAUGAUGCAGUAAGGCAGGGUCUAGCAAGAGUUGAACAUGGUCCUGGAAUUACUGAUGAAGAAAUUGUCAGAGGGAUUGUGGUUGAGAAAGUAAAAGAUCCAAUGACUGGUCAAGAUUUGAGUGUGACUGAGGCAAUGCGAAGAGGGAUACUUGACUCUGAUUCAGGCCAUUAUGUUGAUUUCAAAACUCAUACAAGAAUGACUGUUGAAGAAGCAAUGAAACAAGAACUUAUCACAGGUAGAAGAAAUUCAGACUAUGAAAAACUUAAUGUUGACAAAAGAGGGAGUAGAGAAAUAACUAUUUCCCAAGUUCUUGAUACAAGGACAGGUGUUGAAGUUGAUGUUCAAGAAGCCCUGCAUAGAGGGUUGAUUGAUAAGAACUUGACAACAUACACAGACCCUAGAACAGGGAAAAGUUACGACAUUGAGAAUGCCUUGAAGGAAGGGCUGGUAUCUGGAACUGUAGCAGUAGGAUCCACUUCAGUUUCGAGGCAAAGUUCCCCACCUGUAUCAACAACAUACAACAUAAUAUCAGUGACUGACACAGGCAAAGGAACUCAGAUUUCUGUCUCAGAUGCUUUAAAGCAGGGUAUUCUGGCCCCUUCUGGUAUGUUUGUGGAUACAAUAUCAGGAAGGGUGAUGCCAGUUUCUGAUGCUAUUAAAUCUGGUCUAGUGGUUACUGAAGUAAAGGAUAAGUCAAAAAAGCAACCAAAGUUUGACAAAGUCUACAAAAUAGGAGAACCAGGAACAGAAUUACAGGUGAUAACAUUUACUCAAGCACUGAAAAACAAAUUCAUAAAUAGCAUGGAUGGAACAUUUACUAACCCUUUCAAUGGAGAAGUGAAAUCAGUUGAUGAAGCAGUAAUCACUGAAGUGCUUGUAUCGGAUGAUGGCAAACCUUUCAAGUACAAACCACCAAGAAAAGAUAGGGCAUCUUAUAGCUUUCAGCAGGCAUUUAGAAGUGGGCUGAUAGAUUCAGAAACUGGAUUGUAUUGGGAUGUGAAAAAGGGAAAGUCAUAUGGUAUGGAUGAUGCUCUUAAUAAAGGUUACCUUACUCCUUUGGCCAAUAGUUCAGUAUCAGGUGGUGGAUCUGUGAGUAUUGUUAAAGGCGGACUUGCUAAGCCUUUUACUACCAGUCAUGUAACAUUUGAACAUGUGCCUUCAAUAGAUGUAAUGAAUGGAGUUGUGAAAGAUGAAGGGCAUGUUAUGAAAUCUGAAGUUGAAGGGUCACAACAAAAAAUCUUCACUGGGCACAUAAUGGAGCCGGAAGAUGUUACUUUUCAAAGGUCUUCAAGUCCUGAGACAGUUGAAACACCAAGCAGUGGAACAGAUGAACAAUACUCUGUAGUUCCCAUUACAUUGACUGAAGCAGUGACUGCAGGAUUGGUGGACAGAAACACAGGAGAAUAUGUUGAUCCACAAACAGGAGACACCAUGUCAGUAGAUGAAGCAGUCAUUUGUGGAUUUCUUGAAUUUGACCAACCUGAGAUUACCUAUGAGGAGCAAAGUCCAGCCAACAACCAAGAGCCUCUGUCAAUCUCAGAAGCAAUUCAGAAAGGUCUGAUUGAUUCAGAUAAAGGGACAUUUAAAACACCAAUGGGGAAUAUAUACAGUUUACAAAAAUCAAUUCAGUUAGGUUACAUACAACCAAAGGUUCAGUCGGAUGAGGACAAUGCUGACAAUGUAGAUGCUGGUGUAGAAAUGCAGGCAAAAAGACGUGUAAAAGCUGAUGAAAUUGUGGAAGUAACUGUUGGAUCUCCAUUCUCACCAAAACGUGAAAAAGUAUACCAUGAUGGAAAACUGGUGGCCAGAACUGCAACAGAAGUGACGGUUUCAGAAGGAUCAGCAACAUAUGUUACAAGGCCAGGAUUUUUCAUGGACUCAACAGGCAAAGUUGUGAAUUCUCUAACAGGGGAAAGAAUGAGCCUAGUUGAAGCACUGCAAUGUGGAAUUGCUGAGCUCGAAGGAGCUGAGGGCACUGGUGAAGUGAAGAUGGUUGGAGCCAUACGUAUCCCUCCUCAACUGGAUGAAAGCUCUGAAUCGGAUUCUGUGAAUCUACCCAUCGUGAUUACAUCUUUCCUUGACCCUCAGUCUGUAUCAGGUGUUCCAGAGUUGCUAAGCAACCAUUCUGGUCUCAGUGGUGAUGGCUCUAUGGUUACCUUGUCCCAAACUUCUCUUGAUCAGAGCUUUGGCUCUACUGAUGAUUCUAAAACACAGAGACUAUCAAGUAGCUUAGACACAAGUUUUACCGACUCUAUAACAUCAAAUGUGGUCCGAAAUAAGGUACUAAAAGCAAAUGGAUGUGAAAUAAACUUGACUAAGUACAUGUUACCGGGUAAACAUGAUUCUGAUGAAGAGACUGAUGGUAUCUCAAAAACUGAAGUAGUUCAUUACACUGAAUGCCUAGUCGAAGAAUUUUGGGAUACUAAUAGAGAAAAAUGGCUACAUCCUAGGACUGGUAAAUAUUUGCACAUGCAAGAAGCAAUUGACAGUGGAAUAGUAUGCCCGGAAGUUGUGCAAGUAAAACAAGUGAAUGGUCAAACAGUGAACCUUCAGAAAGCUAUAAAUUCUGGUCAAACUAAUAUCCAUACCGGAAAAACUAUAAAUCUGAAAACUGCCUUAACAUGGUCAUUUCAUGUUGCACUUGCUAAAGGUCUAAUUAAAGUAAAUGACAAUGAACCGAUGGAGAAAUGUGACAUGUAUACAGAACUUGGGCCUGGUUUGGUUAACUUGAUAUCGCAAAAGCAGGUUUUACAAGGAACAAGACUGCUAGACAAGAGACUUGACCAAUGGGUAGAUAUACCAAAGGCUGUUGAGUCAUUCAUAUUUGAUACUGAAUGGGGGAAAGUAAAAGACAACAUGACAGGGAAUUGGCUCACAUGGAAUGAUGCUAAACAAGCUGGCCUUAUUCUUGAUCCUAGAAUUGGUGAACAGAGUUCAGUUUCAUUUGAAGAACAGAUCAAUUUACAGGAGGAAGAGAACCACAUUGUGAAUCUAAAGCAUGUAACUAAUGAUGAUGGUCAAAAAGAAUACGGUGGACACAUUCUUUUCAAUCAAAACCCUCUUAAACUAUUGGCAGGUAAAAAAACAACUGAAACCCAAGAAAAGCCUGCUAUGAAUCUUGCUAGGAGAAGGUCUAGUAUUGCUACUAUUGAAAGAGUUAAAACAACCACAUUCCCAAUCAUGCUAGAUGAAGCGAUAAAACAGGGCAUUUACAACCCUGUGACAAAUCAGAUAUUCAAUCAAAAAGACGGGUCAUACAUUCCAUUUGAAGUAGCAUUUCAGAAAGGCUUGAUCAGUAAGGAAUCACUGAUAAGAGAUCCUGUCAGUAGGGACAUUCUGUCACUCGAUGAAGCUGUAGAUAAGAGAGUAAUAGAUUUAGAAUCUGGGAAAAUGAUGGAUGCAAAUGAUCAAGCUAUCUCCUUAAACUUUGCUCUAAGUGUUGGCCUGAUAAUGAGAUCACAGUCUCCACUGAAACUUUCGCUUUCGGAAAUAGUGGAUGAAGGUCUGUUUGAUGAAGAACUAGGAACAUUUCUCAAUCCUGACAAUAAUGAAGAGAUAAAGUUUAGUGAGGCAGUUACCUCUGGGCUAAUUGAUAGGGAUACAAUGAGGAUUAGAAAUACAGAAAGUGGACAAGUAAUGAAAAUUGAUGAAGCCUUAGAGAAAGGUUUAAUGUACUUUGAUUCUGGUGUCUGCGUUGACAUGGCUAAUAGGGAAAGAAUUCCAGUUUUGGAAAGUAUGGAAAGAGGUAUUCUCAUUGAUAUUGAAAACCAACCGAAGAUGUCCCUGCAAGGAGCAAUUGAAGAACAUAUGUUUGACAAAGAUAUCUGCGUGUUUCGAGAUAUUGACCUUGGAAUUGAUUAUACCCUUGGUAACGCUAUACAGAGUGGAUUUCUUGAUGCUGAUUCGGUUUUAGUGCGAGAACCAAAGUCACUGACUGUACUCACUUUGGAUGCAGCCAUUGAAGAAAGAAUAAUUGAUCCUGUCACAGGGAAAUACACUGGAAGUGGAAUUGAGAUUGGCUUUGCUGAUGCUUUAGAAAAAGGACUGAUUUUAUACAACGCCUCCCAUGGAAUGUUACCAUGUUCUAUCAUUGAAGCAAUUAGAUUUAAUAUAUAUGACCAAAGAGCAAAGAAAUUCAUAGAUCCUAAAUCAGGGGAUGUAUUAACCCUAGAGAAGGCCAUUGAAAGCAAUUUGAUUGAUGCAAAGAAAACCAUGGUAAAAGACACGUCUACUGGUAGAUUUUUGUCUUUAUUGAAUGCAGAGUAUUUAGGAGUUGUUAAUACUAAAACUUCUGAUGUGGUUUUGUUGAAAGAAAAUGAGCAGUGUGAUAUCCAAAAGGCAAAGGAAAUGGGCAUCUUAAGAAGAUCAGCUAGUGAGGAAUGUUUGACACUGAAAACAUCCAUUAGUAAAGGCUUGGUAGAUCCAGAUGGAAAAGUCUUUGAUCUUCUUUCUAGACAAUAUUUGACACUUUCUGAUGCAAUGCUUGUUCGAGUUAUAAACCCAAUUCCAACUUUGGUAAAAGAUUUGAGAUUGGACAAGUUUUUACCACUGCAAGAAGCUGUUGAAGUAGGCAUCAUAAAUUCAGAAACUGGUACUUUUAUAAACACUCAGUCUAGAAACACUCUUUCGCUGGUGGAUGCAGUUGAUGCUGGUUACAUCAUAGAGAUACCGUCUUCAGGCCUUACAUUAGCAGAAGCUGUUCUACAUGGAUUGUACGUUGAAAAACUUGGCAGAUUCCUUGAUGUAAGAACUGGAAAACAUGUCAGUCUGCAAGAUGCAAUAGAGCAAAAGUUAGUUGAUGCAUCUAGAAAACAGAUAGUUGUACCAGGGAUUGGUCUUUUCUCUUUGAAGGACUCCUUUGAGCUUGGAUAUGUGGACAAGGACACAGGAUCUUAUCUCCAAGAUGAUGGUCACAUUAGUCUUCAUGAGGCUGUGGACAAGUUUCUUGUUGUGACAAUUGGUAGCAAGAAAAGAAACAAAUCAAUGUCUGAUUCAUUUAGUGAAGAUACUGAAAGUAUGAAAACUUGGAAUGAUUUUCUUGUCAAAGAUCCAAAGCAGAGAAAUUUUGUAACAAUGGAAGAAGCUAUUGAAGAUGGUGUCAUUGAUGUUCAAACAGAAUCAUACUUUGAUACCAAGCAUGAUUUGAUAAUGCCAAUAUCUACUGCAAUUGAGGAAGGCAUUAUAGUUGAUCCCACAUAUCCAAAGCUUGGACUAGGUAGUGCAUAUACUCAUGGUUUGUAUGAUCCAGUGAAUAAUACAGUUCUACACCCUGAAAAGAAUAUAGAGGUUCCUCUUUCUGAUGCCUUAAAGAGUGGUCUAAUUGAUUCAAAUAAAACAAGGGUGAAAAAUUUAGAGACAGGACAGUAUAUAUCACUUAAGCAAGCUUUGAAGAAGGGAAUAUUUAGUGACAAAACUGGAUCAUUGUUUGAGAAAGCACAGAAGAAGACUUUCACUCUGGAUGUUUCUGUCAAGGAAGACUUGAUUGUGGAUUUUAACAGGAAAACAUUUUCAGUUCCAGAAGGUGUUAAAUACGGAAUGAUUAGCCAUGAUGGCUUGAUGGUUGAAGAUCUGAACACUGGAAACUUUUUGUCCUUUGAUGAUGCAGUAGAAAGAGGUGUUAUAGACAAGUAUAAAACAACAGUAAAACAUGUAGAGACUGAAAAUGUUGAUGCACAAGAAGAAAUGGAAUUAACUCUAGCUGAAGCUAUUGAAUUAAACAUAGUUGAUGAAAGCAGUGGGAUUUUGAAACUAAAGAGUGGAAGAAGAAUUUCACUUAUGGAGGCAGUAACAAAAGAAAUUAUUGUAGAAAAAACUGAGAAAUCAUUUCCACCAAGUCUAGAUACUAGUGUAAUGGGUCAAAGUUCCUUGUUUGAUGGAAGUGAGCUUUCUGACUUGCAAAAGUCUAUCGAAAAUGAACUAAGAAUGCAGGCAAGCCAGCAGAAACUUUCUUUAGCUGAUGCAGAUUUGACAAGUUCGUUUGUAAGUGACAGAAGUGAUUCUGUUAGCAGUCCAAUAAGAUUUGAUGAAGCCCUGAAAUUUGGUUUUCUGGAUUUGGACACUGGAGAAUUUAUGGAUUAUCUUAUGGAUGAAAAGAUGACGAUAGAAGAAGCAGCUAGCCGGGGCCGCCUUAGUAUCAAAAGAGUUUUAUACCAUGACCCAGAUCAGCAAAUCACAUUGCCAUUAAAAGAAGCUUUGGAACAAAAGUUGCUCUUCCAGAUCCCAGACAAAGAUGAUAGGAUUGAUUCUCAAGAUAACAGCAAAAAAAUCACCUUCAAAGAAGCUAUCAGCAAAGGCCUGUUAAUUGUCAAGUCAAAGCCUUUGACAGAUUUCUCAGAUGAAGACAGCUUGAGUGUCAAAAGUGACACUUUCUCAGAAAUGGUGAUGAAAAACAAGAACUUAGAAUGGCUGUCCACAUCAAAGAAUAUCUCAUCUUCUCUUGACUCGCUGAUUAAGAAUGUCAAGGACGACCAAUCUGGAUAUAGGAUUGGAACACUUUUUGAAUCUAUUGAAAAAGGGGUAUUUGAUUGCAAGGAAGGUAUACUGAAAGACAAGUUCACAGACAAGAAGUUGAAAAUAAAUGAAGCUGUAGCUUGUGGUCUGAUAAAUAGCACUGCUCAGGAAAUCAUGGACCCAAGUACAGACGAAUAUGUGACUGUAAAUGAAGCUAUUAAAAGGACCAUCAUAGAUGUUGAGAAAGGAAUGUAUAUUGAUCCUUUGACUGGAAGUGAAAUGAAUUUGGCUACUGCAAAGGCAGCAGGAUACAUUGUGAAAACGCAAGACAAUUUACAGUCUAAAAGUUCAGUUGAAAUUUAUGUCGAAGAAAUUCUCGCAAAUGAAGGUGCAAAGGGGAAGAGUAGAAUACAAGAUGCCUUUUCAAGUGGGGUUUUAAGCAGAUCAAAAACUGAAGUCAUAGAUCCAGAUACUAUUAAACCAAUAACUUUGAAAAGAGCUGGAAGUCUUGGAAUGAUCGAUACAAAUACUGGUGAAUUUAAAAAUCCACAAACAGGAGAAUCAUGCACAUUACCAGAUGCUGUUGAGAAAGGAUUCAUACUUAGCCCUAAAGGUUUGAGCCUUUACAGUGCAGUCAAUCAGGGCUUGUACAAUGAAGACACUGGUCAGUUUAAGAAUGCUAGUUCAGAACCGGAGUUGACUCUUCAAGCAAUGAUUGAUAAAGAUGUAAUAACUGACAGUUGUAGAGAAAUAAGGGAUGUAAACAAGGAUGGGGAUCUUGUCAAAUUGAGAGAAGGAAUUAAAAGGAAAAUAAUUGAUGACAUUGGCGGAAAGUAUGUUUCCAAAAAUGCUGAGUUAAAUUUUAAAGAAGCAGUUUCAGCAGGUUUAAUUAUAAGCAACAUUCCAAGAGAGGGUUUGAGGGAAAGCAGUAAUAAUGUAGAAACUAUAGCUGGAAUGAAACGGGACACAGUUUGGAAGGGAAAUCUUAGAAAACACGAAAUGCUAAGAGAUGGGCCAACAAUGAACUUCAGACAUGGAACACAGGGUAAAAAUGUUGAUUCCAAAGUUACUAGCUCAAAUUCAAGUAUGGAUACUAAUUCAUCUGGAUAUGAAACAAAUCAGUCGCAAAAUCAAACAGGUCAUGAUGAAGUACUUAAAUUUCCAGUGGAUUUUGACAGUUUUAAAUAUGGAGAGCCACUGUUUAAGAUAGGUGAAUUCUCUGACAAAGUUGAGGCAAUCCUGACUCCUAAAGGUGACCAUGAUAAGGUGGAAUUAGAUAAAACUAGUGAUGAUACAUGUUCUACACCUGAUACAAAGAAGAAAACAGUAUCAAUGAAUAUCCCAGAUGGUGAAAGAGAACUCAUAACCAAGCAAAAGGUACAAGAUACAAAACAAAUCGACAGAAAUGAUACUUCAGCUGACACAGUUGAUGAUAUUAGCAAAUCUAAUAAGGACAAAGUAGAAAGUGAGGGUAGUCCCUUAGCCAAUAAUGUUGAUGACAAAGUAGUUCAAGGUCACCAUGUGCCAUCACCACUGGAAGGUCAAGGUCACAAGCUGUUGGUAUCCCCCUCAACAAAUAAGGAGUUUCUGUUCCACCCUGGUCCACCAUUGUCUCAUGAGGAGGAGCGGCAGCAGAUAGCCGACUCCCAUGAGAAACUCGUGUCCGACCUACACAAUGAGCUCAACUGGAUCUCCGACGUAGAGCAACUCUUGAAGGAUGACCAGCCCGUCAGCGAAGAAGCUUACAAGGCACAGAGCCAGCGAGAGGCGCUCAAGGCACUACAUGAUGAUGUGUUACGCCACCAGCAGCCGAUCCGCUCCCUCGUCUACCAAUCAGAACAGCUAGUUGAACACCACCAGGAGGAACUAACUCCUGAACAAGUGACUGAGCUACAAAACCGGGAGGCUGUCAUCAAAACUGCUUUUGGAAAGGUCCAGAAAACAUGUGACUCCCGUCUGAAGCACCUGUCUGCAGCCACAGACGAGCUGACCAAGUUUGAGACAGAGCUGAAGAAGUUUAACAGCUGGCUCAACACAACUGAAAAAGAACUAGACAGACAGACAGAGGCCGUACAGAUCACAGACGGGAUUGGACGUGUCAAGGAUCAACACAAGGAGAUGCAGGCAGACAUCGUCGCCCAUACUGCAGACUUGCGCUACCUCUCCUACCCAAUGAAGACUUAUAUGGAGGAAGCCAAGGCCCACAAGUUGGAGAUUGACGCUUACAAGGCAGACAGAGCCAAGCCCAGUCGCCUCAGUCGAACAAGUUGGAUCGCCAUGGACAAUAAGGAAGUGGAAAUCGUCAUGGAGAAACAGAAAGAGGCAGAAACACGCUACAGCGAGCUUAAGGGUAACUGUAACAAAUUUGGGGAGAAGCUUGCACAAUUGGUAGCCAAGCAAAAGACAUUUAAUGAUUCGACUUGGACCAUGUUGUCUUGGUUGACAGAUACGGAGGAAAAACUGAGCAUGACCAGACAAGAUGCCUCCGCUCCUGAGCCUGAAGCUCUGAGAGAACAUCUGGAAAAGAUGAAAGCUCUUGGUAAUGACGCUAUAGGUCAUAAGAAUCAGAUGGCUGACUUGGAGAAAUGUGGGAAAGAGGUUAUUGCUCAGAUGGCUGAGUUAGGAAUAAGAGGUGAACAGGUUGAGAAGAUUCAAGAGAUUAUUGGUGAUAUUGCAACUAGACAUGAUAUUAUCUCUGAUGAGGUGAAUGAAAGAGCAAACGAACUCCAAACUGCUGUGACCAAGUCACAGGACAUUCAAGAUGCUGUGGAUCAACUACUGUCAUGGCUGAAAGAGACCGAUAGAAAAUUGGACAGGCAGAAGCCAGUGAGUCUUAAUCAAGAUAAGAUGAAUGAACAGGCACAACAGCUGAGUAUCAUAGAGACUGAUAUUGAUAGUCAUAAGCCAAGUGUUGAUUCUGUCAAACAGGCCGCUAAGGAACUCAUUAAAACUUGUGAUGUGGACAUGGCUAAACGACUUGAAGGAAAGAUUAAUGACAUGGGGACUAAGUUCCUUGGUGUUCAGAAAAAGUGCAGACAGGAGUCCAAGGAGUUAAAUGAUGUUUCUGAAAACUUGAACAGAUUUAAUGACAACCUGGAUUUAGUGAAAACCUGGGUUCAGAUUAACAGUGACUCUUUGGAAUCAUCAGAAUGGAGUAGGAAGCCAAUUGAUCAACUCAAAAUGAAGGUAGACUCAGUCAAAAUGGAAAAAGAACGUCAACUCCAAGCUAUUGAGCAACUCCAAUCUCUUGGCAGAGAUUUAAUAGAGGACCCAAGAACAGGUGAUCCUGCUGCCAUUAAGAUGGCUCUUUCUAACAUGGAACAACUAUGGACGAGGUUUGAUGACUGUCUUGGUGAGAGGGACUCCGAAGCCAGCCUUAAGGAGAGUAGAGAGAGCGAUUACGAGAGGAUUAAAGAUGAGGUAGUUGGCUGGUUGACCAGUAUGGAGGGUGAUGUGGAUGGGUUUGAACCGGUCGCUGUUGAUAUGGAUGUUGUGGCAAAACAGGUGGAGGAACUUCAGCCCAUAAUUCAGGACUACUAUGAAUUCUCCCCAAAGAUAGAUGAACUGAACGAAGUCGGGAACGCUUAUGAUGCUAUCCAAUCUGGCGACUCGCGGCCAAAGAGCCCCAUGAGAUUUAGAAACCGUCGUUACCCAAGCAGCAUGAUGUCACCACGGUUACGCAGCCCCUCCCCAACCAUGGGGACUUUCUCGUUUGGCACGGAGCUUACGAGCCCCAUGUCGGCGUCAAGUGAUUCAAGCGGUGUUGGCAGCAGAAAAAGCAGCUCCGAUUUUCUUCAUCUAGACGAUUUGUCCGAGACCCAGCAAGACUUGGUCGACAUGAACCAACGCUAUGAGAUGCUGGAAGAACGCCUCCUGGACCGUCAACAGGAGCUUAAGGGUAUGCUAGACUCUGUGAAGGCAUUCCUACAAGACCUAGCAGACCUUGACAGCUGGUUGGACGCAAGAGAGAGGGAUUUGGAUGGUGCUGUUGCCGUGGCAACCAGUGAGAAAGAGGCUAAGCGACGACUGAAGGAUCAUGAGCAAAGACACUCAGAGGUGUUGGGCAAGGAGCAAAUGGUUGAUGAUAUAAGGCGUAAGGGCCAGGACCUGAUGAAGAGGAAACGUGGGGUGCCCGGGAUAGAGCUUAUACAACAACAGCUUACUGAACUUGAUGACAAAUGGCUGGGUGUCAAGGUCGCUUCAGAACAGCAGCGCAAACUUCUCGAUGACAUUGUGUCAGACCUGCGCACCUACAAGGAUGCCGGUGUACAUCUGCAAAAGUGGAUGGCACAGAAGGAGAAGAUGGUCGCUGUGCUUGGGCCAGUGGCCACCGAGCCAUCUAUGAUAAAGAAUCAGUUGGAACAAGUCAAGGUACUGGAGGAAGAAAUGAGAGGACAAGAACCUUUGUAUGACAAGUUCAUCCAGGCAGGUAAUGCUGUUCAUGACAAGUGCGUCCCUGAAUCUGCCGACGCGGCCCACAUCAGUGAGAAAAUGACUAUCAUCAGCAAAAGCUGGGAGAAACUUGGCGACAAGUUACGGGAGCGAGAACGAAGCUUGGCCUCCGUGGAGGGACUGAGUCAGCAGUUCUCAGACACCUUGCAGGGCCUCACGGCUUGGAUGGCGGAUUAUAUGACAACUAUUGAUGCUCUCCAGCCUGUGGCUUCGAAUCCUGAAAAACAUGAGGAACACCUGAAAGAAAUUAAGGAACUGGAGUCUGAGAGACGAAAACACAUUCCUGUCUUGGAACAAGCUAAAGAACUUGCAAAGAAGUUAUCAGACAACACAAAAGAUGCAAACACCAAGUUUGAAAUCAAAAACAAAGUCGCAAGCAUUGAAAAACCCAUGGUGGAAGCUGAGAGGAAGCUACAGGCUAGAAGUAAUGAUGUAUCCAAGAUGAGCGAGAUGGGGGAUAAGUUCAGGGGAUCGUGUCAGGACCUCCUUGCUCUACUGGAUGAGUUUGAAGAGAAAACUGCAGGCGCUGAGCCCAUCUCGGGUGAUCCUGCGACUCUGGCCAAACAGGCACAGCAGAAUAAGGUUCUGCUGAAGGACUUGAACAACAUAGCUCCGGAUAUCAAGGAAAUCAAAGACCGAGCCCGACAGUUUGAAAACUCCUCUUCCCCAGAAAUCCGCUCCCUAGUGGACACUGUCCGAAACAUCGAGGCCAAGUGGGAAGGGCUGAAGGAUGCUGCGACGGAGCGCGAGGGACAGCUAGAGUCAGGAACAAAACAUACUCAGAACUUCCAAGCUCAAUUGGACAAGAUGGCCAUGUGGUUACAGUUGUCCGAGGAUAAAAUGGAGGGGCUAACUCCUGAUACUACUGAUCAGGACACUGUUCUGAAGAAACUUAAAGAAGCCCAGGCGUUACAAGGCGAUGUCCGCAAGCUUGCCUAUGACCAGGAGCUGCUGAACAGGGAGGGUCAGUCCCUUAUGGAUGCUGUACACUCAGAUAAGGGCCAGAUCAGGGUCCGCCUGGAAGACCUCAACCAGCGAUGGGAGAACUUGAAUGAUGGUUUAGGAGAAAAGAUUACCAAUCUAGAGGAUUUGAGUGGGCGACUGACAGAGUUUGACGACUGUACAAGAGACCUGGACACAACACUCACCCGUCUGGAGGACCGGCUAGAGACGCACAAUAGGCUUGGCUCAUCAGCCAAGGACCCCAAACACCAGGAUAAGAUUAGGGCUAUGCAAGAUGACGUCAAUGCCCUCAGCUCACAGCUGGAUUACGUAGAUGGGGUACUGACUACCUUGGAUGAUGCUGAGGGAGGUUUGCCAGGUGAUAAGGCGCGGGAAGUAGCUGCUGCCCACCAGAGACGAUCAGCCCUCAAGCGACAGAUCUCUGAGCUUCUGUCUGACAUGGAGACAGGAACAGAGAUUGUUGAUCAGUUCAGGGGUGCCAUCCAGCGGGUAGGUGCCCAUGUGUCGGAGCUAGAGUCCCUGCACAUGCAGAUGAUGCCCAUUGCCCGGGACGAGAGCAACUUGCGUAUACAGCAGAGACAGACAGAGGAGUUCCUUUCGCAAGUGAAUGAUGUUGACAACAUGCUUGAUGACCUUGACAGCCAGUAUGACACUCUGAAGGCUGAUGGAUAUGUUACCCCGUCUGAUGGCUUCAGAACACAGCUGGACCUAUUACGCAAUCAACAAGAACGCCUCAGAGAGGUCAGCGAAGCACGAAAAGACGAGAUUCAAAAGAUCGCCAGUGAUGUUGAAGGUGUCACAGAUAACCUUCGACGCAUGAGGACGAGUAUCGACCGUGCGUCUGACGAGCUCGAGAUGCACGAGCCAAUCGGAACGGACGUUAACGCUAUCAAGCGUCUACAAGAUGAACUCAAGCAAUUCCAGCAUGGAGUGUUAGAGAACCUUUCCCGUCGAGUAGCCGGCCUCAACUCUGAUGCUUGUCAGCUGAUCCAGGGGGCUGGACCGGGUGUAGAUACCUCAGCCCUUGAGGCUGACCAAGAGUCACUCCUAGACAAGUGGAACACACUCAAUGCCAAGGUGUCAGAGAGGGACAGGAACCUAGACAAUGCCAUCCUGCAGUCAGGCAAGUUUAACGAUGCCCUCAAGAAUCUCAUAGAUUGGAUGAAGGAGACUGAAGACCUGGUAGCCAAUCAGAAACCCCCGUCACCUGACUACAAAGUUGCCAAAGCUCAACUGCAAGAACAAAAGUUCCUCCUCAAGAUGCUGGACGAUCGAGCCCCAAGUGUCAAGUCUGUUAAUGACUCCGGAGAAACCUUGCAGAAGAAUCUUGAAACUCGGGAACGAAAGGCAAUUGAAAACCAGAUCGCCCAGCUUGACAAACGCUGGAGCGAAUUGAACUUCCAGGCCGAACAGCGUUCAAAGACACUUGAGAACAUCGUAGGCGUUGCACAAGAAUUUCAGGAGGUCAGGGAACCACUCGUUGGUUGGAUGGAUGCUUCAGAGAAAAAGUUUGCAAGUCUUGAGCCAACCUCAAUGGAUGUGGACAAUAUUGAGGGGAUCAUAAAGACUCUAGGAGAUAUGGAGAAGGAUGUUAAAGGUCAGGAGGAAAAUGUGAAGAAGAUUGCAGCUAUAGGGAAGGAGCUACAGAAUCAGUGCAAAGGAGAUGACGUCAAGAAUGUCCAGCGAAAGAUUGAUGACAUACAAACACGCUACGGUGAGCUUGAAGACAAACUCACUGACACCCUUGAACAGAUGGAAGAGGCCUUGCCUCUAGCUCAGAAUUUCUCCGAGUCCCAUGCCAAGUUUAUUGAUUGGCUGGCGAAGAUGGAACCAAAAACAAGACAUAAGGAUACUAAUGAGACCGAGGAACAGGUCACGCAACUCCUAGAUGAGGUCAAAGAUAUCGAGCCAAUUCUCACUGCAAUGACUGAGGAGGGUGAAAAGCUAUCUGAACUUGCCCCAGGGGAUGCAGGAUUCAAAGUGGAAGACACACUCGCCAAGGACCGCAAGAGGUUUGAGGCUGUGAAUGAUGCCAUCCAGAAUAAGGCUGACAAAUACAGGGCCUCCAAGCUUAAGAAUGCUGAGGUUAUGUGCACAAUUGAUGACCUUAUUGAAUGGUUUGAUGAUGAAGAACAACUGUUGGGGUCAUGUGAGCCAAUCAGCUGUGAGCCUGCUAGGCUUCAGAAACAACUUGCUGAACAGAAGGCAAUGAACGAUGACAUUAAUGCUCAGAAAGUAAAAGCUAGAGACACCAUCGCAGCAGGCAAACGUUUAAUCCGUGAAGGCUCAAUGGAAGAUGAAGGCUCAUUGAACUCGAAAAUGGAAUCAUUAAAGCAGCGUAGUGACCAAGUCGCAAAAAUAGGCAGCGAUCGUCUUGUUCAGGUGGAACAAGCUAUGCCAAUGUCACGACAGUUCCACGAGGCCCAUGCUGACCUACUGACCUGGUUUAAUGAUGUGGAGCCUGCCAUUGCCCAGCUCAAGGUCAUGACCAUUAAUCAGGACACCGUGAAGAAACAGCAGGAUAGUGUCAAGAUAUUAAAACAAGACAUUCAAGACAAUAAACCACUGAUUGACCGCCUAAACAAGAGUGGUUUUGCACUGACCAAGCUGUCGUUGAGUCCUGCAGACGCAGACAUUCUUCGGGAAACCAUGGAAGAAGACAACAAGCGGGUGGAGGAGAUAAGACGUGCUGUGCGGGAACGAUCAAUGUCUAUUGAUGAGGCUUUGCAACAGUCUGCCGAGUUCACUGACAAACUAGAGAACAUGCUUGAGGCCUUGACCAGCACAGAAGAGCAAGUGACAAAUGCCGAGCCUGUGUCCGCCCAUCCCGACAAGAUACGUGACCAGAUUUCAGACAACAAUGCCCUGACAGAGGAGAUGGCAAUGCGCUUAUCUGCCCUCGAGUCCGUACAACUAGCUGCCCAGGAGUUGAUCAAACAGGCCUCAGACUCCCAAGACGAUGCUGUUAAAGAUGUGAAAUCGAAGCUACUGGAUCUUUGCAACUUGUACGAGAAAAUCAAUGAUGGAGCUGCAGCCCGUAACACGCGGCUGGAGGAAACCCUAGAAGUGUCAGACAAGUUCUGGGACGACCUUCACUCCCUAACACGAUCCCUAAAAGACCUAUCAGACACACUGGCCAAUCAGGAGCCACCUGCACUGGAGCCAUCAUUGAUUAGGGAGCAGCAGGAGACACUUGAGGCUCUCAGAGACAACAUUGAAGAAUCCCAAUUUGACCUUGAUGAGGUCCACCAAACUGGGGAGGCCCUGAUGUCCCUAUGUGGAAAACCAGACCGCCCUGAAGUGCAGAAACAUGUGGACGACCUUGACAAUAACCUUCUCUCUAUUACUGGGGAGUUUGACAGAAGGUCAAGGUCACUUGAAGAAGCACUGGAGAGAUCUAUGCACUUCCAGGAUCAGCUUAUGAAAACACUGGUAUGGCUACAGAAGCGUGAAGACAGACUAAAGGAGAUGGGACCCAUCGCUGGGAACUUUGAUGCCAUAAAGCAACAGUGGAGCAAGGUCAAGAAUUUCAAGCUUGAGGUAGACCCCAAACAUGCAGACAUUGAAUCCCUUAACCAGAAGGCCCAAGAGAUGAUCAAGGAUUCAAGCCCAGAUCAGGCUAUGGUUGUCAAGGAGCCUGUUGCCACGGUGAACAAGAGAUGGGAGGGGCUACUUGAGGGGAUUAGUGACAGACAACGUGACCUACAGCUGGCUAUGCUGGACAUUGGUCAGACAGAGCACGCCCUCAAUGAAUUACUAGCCUGGCUUGACCGCACUGACCAAACACUAGACGAGAACACCCCUGUGUGCGGGGAUAGGAAGAUCAUUGAAAUUGAGCUCGCUAAACAUAAGGUGCUGCAAAAUGACAUCCACGCCCACGAGCAAAGUAUACAGUCGGUACGUAACGCAUUCCAGAAGGGGGCGAACAAGUCUUCGACAUCAGCACGUAAACUUGACGACCUCACACGACUCUGGAACACUGUUCAGAAGAAAAGUGACGAUCGAAAGAAGGACCUUGAGGGUGCACUAAAAGAGGCCAAAGAUUUCUCAGAAGAGAUGGACCGUGUUUUACAACGGCUAGGACAGAUCGAGGGCAUGCUGAUCACCUCCCGACCAGUAGGUGGACUGCCCGAGACCGCCAAGGAACAGCUCGAGAGGUUCAUGAAUGAUAGAAAUAUGGGGGAAGUGCACAAUGAGUUACAGGACAUGGAACCAGUGGUUGCUAGGUUACAGCAGGAUGGUUCCAGGCUCGUGGCCAAGAGUGGUGACACUGCUGGGGCCGGUAUCAAACAGAAUAUGCACCUCCUCCAACAGACGUGGGAACACGUGAAGACACGGUCGGCUGAUAGGAAGACAAAGCUAGAACAAGCAGUAACUCAGGCAAACAGUUUCCAUGGUGACCUGAAUGAGUUCACUGGUUGGUUACUGGAGACAGAGAAUGCCAUCAACAACAUGACCCCUGUCAGCAGGGUGAUACCACACGUGUCCGAGCAGAUCAAACAACAAAAGGAGCUUCAAAAAGAUAUCGCCAGCCACCGUGAGCAGAUGAUCCGACUGGACAAGACCGGGACCCACCUGAAAUACUUCAGCCAGCGUCCAGAUGUGGUCAUCAUCAAGAACCUGCUGUCCAGUGUCCAGCAGAGGUGGGAGAAGAUCGUCUCACGGAGCGCAGAAAGGACCCGCCACCUGGAGAGGGGCUACAAGGAGGCUAAACAGUUCAAUGAGAUGCUUAGUGAUAUGGUGGCAUGGCUGGCAGAGUCAGAGAAAAAUCUCAGCAUUGACACUGCUAUUGGCAACGACCCCAUCAAGAUCAAGGCCCUCAUUGCGACACACAAGGACUUCCAAAAGAGCCUUGGAGCCAAGCAGCCCAUUUAUGACAAUGUGAAUCGUGCAGGCCGGUCACUGAAGGAGCGAUGCCCUGAGGACGAUGUUCCUAUCUUGGACAAGAUGUUGCAUGAACUCAAACACAAGUGGAACAAUGUCUGUGGAAAGUCUGUAGAUAGGCAACGGAAGUUAGAGGAGGCCUUACUGUUCUCCGGUCAGUUCAAUGAGGCCCUGCAGGCAUUACUGGACUGGUUGGCAAAGGUUGAGCCUGGCCUCGGGGAAGACCAGAUGGUACAUGGGGACAUUGACACUGUCAACAACCUUGUGGAGGAACAUAAGGCAUUCCAGCAAGAGCUAGGGGCCAGAGCGAACAAUGUUGAAUUCGUACGUAAGCGUGCCAAGGAGAUGUUUGAGAAAUCAUCGGAGGACAUGUCCCAGCAACAGGCUCAGUUGAUUGAGCUGGCGACCAUGUGGGAUCGUGUGUGUAAACUCUCGGUUAACAAACAGGAACGAUUAGAACAGGCACAGAAACUGGCUGAUGACUUCCACAAGAAGGCCCAGGGCCUGAUAGCCUGGCUGGCCUCUGCAGAGCGACAACUGCGAUACAAGGGCCCCAUGCCAGAUGACGAAUCAGAAAUCAUCAAACAAAUUGAGGAGCACAAGGCGUUUGAGGAAGAAUUCUUAAGACAGGAGGGGAUAUUGAGAGAGACACUGAAUAUCGGGAUGGACAUUAUGAAGAGGUGUAACCCUGAUGCAGUCUCCACUUUGAAACAUUGGUUGUCUGUUUUGAAAACAAGAUGGGAAGAGGUGAGUGGCUGGAGCAGACAGAGGGGUAACCGUCUCCGUGAAGCAUUGGCCACUCUUCGUCGUAACAACCAGCUGCUUGAGGAGCUGAUAGCCUGGCUGAACGGGGCGGAGACUAAACUGUUUAACGAGAAUGCGGAGCCCAUACCAGAUGAUGUGGACACCAUAAAUACUUUGAUCCAAGAACACCAGGACUUCCAGAAUGAGAUGUCGGGGAAGCAGCCGGAGAUUGACCAGGUUACAAAGAGUGACAGACGUCAACGCCACACUUCAUCUGCAGGCGAACCCGUAUCACAAAUCCCGCUGUACAAGGGGCUAUCUGGCCGGCGUACUCCUACACCUCAGAAAUAUGGAACACCAAGGCGAGGUCUUGAUGAUGGCCGUAAGACUCCAGAGUCUAACUAUAGGAACCCUCGUGUUGCUGCAUUGAACAACAAGUGGCGUCAAGUUUGGUUCUCGGCCAUAGAGAGACAUCGUCGCCUGCAGGAGGCACUAGACUACCUCAAUGAGUUGGAGAGAAUGAAGAACUUCAAGUUCGAUGACUGGCGUAAGCGUUACCUAACCUGGAUGCACCACAACAAGUCACGUAUAAUGGACUUCUUCCGACGACAGGACCGAGACAGGGACGGCAAGGUCACAAGACGGGAGUUCAUCGAGGGCAUCAUGGCUUCUCGAUUCAACACGACCCCUAUGGAGAUGGAAGCGGUGGCCAACAUUUUUGACCGCGACGGUGAUGGCUUCAUUGACUACAAGGAGUUUGUGUCAGCACUCAGACCAAACAGAGAUCCCUCACCUGUGAAUGACUCCGAGAUGAUUCAGGACGAGGUCAAGAGACAAGUCCACAAGUGUACGUGUGUCAAGCAGUACCGCAUACAUAAGAUUGGGGAAGGCAAAUACAGGUUUGGUGACUCCCAGAAGCUUCGUCUGGUUCGUAUCCUACGCAGCACAGUGAUGGUUCGAGUGGGUGGGGGAUGGAUGGCUCUAGACGAGUUCCUCGUGAAGAAUGAUCCUUGUAGAGUGGGUGUGUGGAGAAAGAACCGAUAUCGAUUUAAAUACCGCACCGCCUUGGCACAGGCCAAGGGUCGUACCAACACAGAGUUACGGGAACAGUUCACCCUGGCCUCGGGUGUCAGUCAGUCAAUGGCCGGUUUCGUGUCAAAGAGCCCAGCCGGCAGCUCGUAUUCCGGCAGUUCAACGUAUUCCGGAGCCACAUCACCAUUUAGCGCCCGGUCGCCUAGCAACGCAAGCCAUACUGGACCAAUUAUUAAGGUGCGAGAGAAGCCUGCGUAUAGCACCCCCUGGAGGACCAACAUGGCACGUUAUGGACCGGACGGCGAGGUCCAAAAUAUAUUGUCCACUCCCCGGUCAAAGAUGACCAGGACUGACCUCUUCAGUCCACGACAGAUGAAUAGUCCUGCCACCCCUGUGAGUCGCAGCUCCAGUCGUGCCAGCACGGGGAGUCGACCGUUCAGUCCAACAGGAAGUGAGACGUCGGAGAUUAGCGAGCCAGAAGUGUUCACGACGAUGCAGAGCGAGACGCGAAACAUCGGUGGUAGAAGUGAGACAACGCGAACAUACCAGACACAUGUUGUACAAACACGCAAUGUCACAACGCCCAGUCGCUCUAGUACCAGUACGCCCACCCGAAUGUCAAAAAUACCAAAAUUGACGCCAAAGAAACGAUGAUAAUAAAACUAUUAUUGAAUAAUUGAGUAAAAUUCACAUUGAUGAUUUUGACACUAAUAACUUAACAUUGACUAAUUGUGAGCUGUUGUAACAUGCCGACAAGCCAUUGUCUUUCAUGUUAUAGUUUAUUUAUCCCAUUGCUUGAUUUUCCAAUUGUUUGUUUUUCUAAGUUAUUUAACAGUAUCAGUGCCAAUGUGUUGAAUAGUUUUGAUUGGAUAAAAAGGUAAUUGUGGAAUCGGAUUUGUUGAAAGCUCUAUUUCUUAUUACGAGUGGGGACUUAGUGAUAAGUGAAACAGCUUCGACCAAUCAUGUGCUAUGGUGUAGAUAUUUAAUCACGCUAACUAGCUUGCACUGUCCGAUUAAUAUCAUGGAAACAAUCGUGACAAAAUAAAAUGAUAUUCCUGGAAAUGGCAGAAAAAUGUUUUUUUGUGUGUAAUGCAUUCCCAUGUAGGUGUUAAAUGUGUGCAAAUGUUUAGAAAGAUUGAUCGAGUCAUGCGAGCUGAAAGUUUUGAAUGUCUUUUUGGGGACCAAGAUAAUAGUUCUUUACUGAAUCGUUAUCAUAAAGAACAAUAUGAAAUAAGUCUAGCUUGAGAUCGUUACAAGGCUUAAUAUUUUUAUUUGCUAAAAUCUGCAUUUAUGACUUGCGUUAUAUAAAUUAAUUUUGAUAAAAACAAGUAAAAUUGUUGUCAUUUGUUGAGAGACGGUGCUUUGUAAUUUUACUAUAUUAACUUUCCUAUGCACAUUGCUCACGAGUCAAGCUGAUCUAUAGGUGUAAUUACGCUUCGUGUUAUCAUGUUUUGUUUAUAUAGUAAUAUUGAGUUAUUUUUGUAUCAUUUAUUUUUGUUCCUGUUCAGUUUAUUUUUCCGAGGUUGUUAUUUAAAUCUGUAUUUUACCAGAGCAUCUGCUUGUUGUACUAUUUCAUAGAUUAUCAUUCAAAACGGGGACAUUUUGAUUGUUAAUCUCUGAAACAAAUCGUAUGUUUAUUGACAUAUUUUUGCACACUGAUAAAACAAUGAAUUCACAUCAUUUAAGGUGUAUUAAUGAAGCAUUUGAAAUGGGGACAUUAAUUUCAGAUGUUUCAUACACAGCUUAAAUGAAUGUAUUUAUACAUUAAACCUUAUAUUUUUUAUCACUAGCAAAUUCUAAUUUGCUGUAAUUCUGCUAUCCCUAAUUUGUGCAUGACAUAAAAUUUAAAAUCAUAAACCAAGGUUGUGCUUCUUCUUCAUAUUAUUGCUGUAUUUUAAUGGAGGAAUGACCUUCCCCCUGUUAAUGCCGCUAAAAAUAGCAAAUCUUAAAGAUACAUGUAUUUAUAUAAUUGACACUGGAACAUAAAAUUGGCAGUUUUAUAAAUAAGCCCUAUAUAUUCUGUUAAUAUAUUGUUAUACAAUGCUGAAAGCGGUGAUAUUGUAAAUAUAAAAUGAGUAUACAUACAUGUUAUUAUCUGGUAUAAACAUUUGUAUUUUGGGAGGUGUUUAUAUUAUUAUGCUCUAUUUAUAUCGGAUACUUACUUGAAAACGUUUGCCACCAUUGAUAGCAUUUUGUAUUUUGUUAGGAUUACGAUCGAGAAUUUUUUUCUUUCUGUUUUUUUUUAGACAUUUGUCCUUUAUUUAUAGUGUGAUAUUUUAGAGCUUAGAGAUAGCCUUCAAUGUUAUUGCAAUAUGCAGAUAAUAAAACAAUGGCUAUACAGUCGAAACCUGUUGGCUCGAUAUUGCUUGGCUCGAUUUCCUCGUUGGCUCGAACUGGAUGUCAAGGACAGAUUUUGUUUUACUCUUUGUAGCAUUCCCGCUUUGCUCGAUAUUUGCGAGGCUUGAAAUAUUUUUGGCCAGUUUCUGGGAUAUCGAGCCAACAGAAUUUGACUGCAUUAAAUAAACUUGAAAAAUUGUAAGUGAAACCUCAAAUACGCAACUUUACAAUUAAAAUAUUUUCCUGUGACAGGGAAAGGCAUGUUCUAAAUGUGUUUAAAAUUGCUGGCAAAUGCUGAGUAAGUGUGCUUAGAGUUUUGUAAUGCUUAAAAUUGUAAGACAAAAGUGUGUAAACAAUAUGAUCAUAUAAAGAAUCUCAAAAUGUG